AUGAUCCCUGAGAAUCAGACGUCCAGCACUGAUUUCAUUCUUCUGGGACUAUUCUCUUCCUCCCACACCAGCCUGGUCUUCUUCUCCUCUCUGUUCAUCAUUUUCAUCCUGACUGUCACAGAAAACGCCCUCCUGAUCCUCCUCAUCCGCAGGGACUCCCGCCUCCACUCCCCAAUGUACUUCCUGCUCAGCCACCUCUCCUUCAUGGACAUCUUGCAUGUUUCCAACAUUGUCCCCAAAGUGAUCACCAACUUCCUGUCUGGCACCAGAACUAUCUCCUUUGCAAGCUGUGGAUUCCAGAUCUUCCUGUAUGUCACCCUGCUAAGUGGCGAGUGCAUUCUCCUGGCUGCCAUGUCCUAUGAUCGCUAUGUGGCCAUCUGCCACCCCCUGCGCUAUGCCAUGCUCAUGAGUGAUAGUGUCAGCAUGCUCCUGGCCAUGGGGGCUUGGCUGGUGGGGACCCUCCACUCCAUAGUCCACACAGCCUAUGUGCUCCACUUUCCCUUCUGUGAGCCUAGGGUGAUCGAUCACUAUUUCUGUGAGAUCCCUGCCUUGCUGAAGUUGUCCUGUGUGGACACAUCACACUAUGAACAAGGAGUUGAUGUAAGCGCCACUAUUUUCCUGUUGAUCCCUUUCUCCAUGAUCUCUGUAUCUUAUGUCAAAAUUUUGCACACUUCAGUCAAAACAUUGGAUGCGCCUGGAAACACAGCUGAUGCGGACAAUAUCGUCAAUGGGAAAUAUGUGAGGAUGGAGUAG